CUUCACUUGAUUUGGCGAUGAGUGAGAACCAUGAAGAACUUCUUGAUCUCAUAGACAUUUAUGCCAUUCAUGACCUACAAGGAGACGAUCUGGAUUUUGGAUUCGUAGAUUUAGCGCCCUCAAGUUCACAGACUGUGUUGGCAACCACAGGAAUUUACCAGGAAAGCCCUCUCACCUGUCCAAGCGUUGACUCUGUUAUGUCCUCACCGGAUAUGGAUGACUCGGGUUUUGUGAGUGAAACAGACGAGGACGUCGAUCACCAGAGCAUUCCUGCGGAGACUGUCCUCCCUUGUCAAGAAACAAGACGUGGACGCAAGAGGAGGCGAUGUGCGCCAGCAAGCAUAGAACACAUCACAGUGUACAAGAGACGGAAGAUAAGGGUCAGCGAUGACAGAGAUCUUUGAUGGCCAGACACUGUCCCUCCAACCUUCUUGAAUUUGGCUCACGAGAUUGCAGAAGGCAGCUUCUCCUGUUUCAAUAUGAGAAAGACUUUAAGUGAGAACCUUCAAUAAAAACUCUUCAUUAUUUAAAAUAUAUAAAAGUGCUAUACAUCAGGGACCAGUACAAACAAAUAUUACUUUAUUUAUAUGUGCUAUUACAAAUGUCCUUUUUUGGCAAAGGAUGAUUUCA